AGAUUUGCCCCUUCUUCUCUUUUGUUUUUCAAACACCGUACGCAGAGGCGAGAGCCGCCGCAGCAGCAUGCAGUUCGUUGACGCUGCCACUGCCACUGGCAGUAGGAGAGUCAAUUCUGAGUAGGUUCAGGGUUCAGAGAAAAUUAAAUGCCUAUCAGAGGGGAUGAUCAGUAAUAUAAAUAAUGUUUGAAACUUUUUCAAACAUUAUUUAUAUUCUUCAAAAAAUUAGAGCUUUAAAAGCAAAUAAAUGCAAAGGUAAUUGACGCGGGUGAGAAUAACGAGGAUUCAGACACCGUCUGAUGAUAGAUUUUCACCUUCCCCUUUCCGUUGGGCAAAAUACUGAGGUGAGGUGAGGGUGAGCUAGUUUCCUUCCUUCUCAUCGGUCAUCAAAAACUUUUCAUUUUCUCUCUUCAGCACUGUGAGGGCCGCUCUCUUCCAUGUCAGACCGGCUCCCAAACGAGGUUAUCUCCGACAUCCUCUCACGACUGCCGGUGAAGUCGCUCAUCCGAUUCAGGUGCGUUUCAAAGGAAUGGUGCUCUCUUAUCUCCAGCCCCAACUUCAUCGCCGCCCACCUCAAUCGCUCUCUUUCCAACUCCCAGCACCAGCCAUACCUUUUUGUCUACGAUAACUAUACCAUAUACACCGUCCUGCUGUAUCCAUCAGAUCUACAAGUAGAAAAGAUGGGGGAUUUCUUUGCAAACCCAUCAGAUCGCAUAGAAUUGUAUGAUCCCGACGGUGAACAUUCAUUGCACUUGGUUGGUUCAUCUAAUGGUCUACUUUGUCUUGCCACUGCAUUUUUUGAUAACGAGAGAGGGUCAUGUGUUCUCUGGAACCCUUCUAUUCAAAAAGCCAUAUCCCUUCCGAAGCCUAAUCUUCAAUUUCACGGUUCGUUUGACCAAUCUGUUGGCUUUGGGUAUGAGCCGAUGACCGAUGAUUACAAAUUGGUGAGGCUCGUGUAUCCCCGUGGCACUAAUCACUAUCCUUUCAUUGCUUUCAAUGACAACAUUGUUUCACCUCUGGUUGAGGUUUAUACGCUUCGAACCGGCAUAUGGCGCUCCGUUACUGCCCGCGGUCCUCCCUACAUCAUCAAGAUGUGGUCCUCAUCGGUUUUCGUGAAUGGGGCACUUCACUGGCCCGCAAAUACUCGACGGAACCAGAAUCCCUUUCGCAAUGUGAUUGUGUGGUUUAAUAUGAAGGAUGAAGCCUUUGGUGAAGUGGGCAUGCCUGAGAGUUUACAAGGGGUGGAAUACUUGGACGUUAGAGUGUUUCUAGUUGAUGGAUUGCUUGCGCUUGUUCCUCGUGUCUCAUAUGGCAACGAGGCGUCUCAGGCCGUGUGGGUGAUGAAAGAGUAUGGAGCAGUAGAAUCUUGGAGUAAGCUGUUUGAUAUUCGCAUUGGGGGAUUUGAGAGGGUGAUAGGCUUUACAAAGAGUGAUGAAGUUCUAUUGCAAAAGGGUCAAAUGUUGUAUUCUUUCAGUCCAAGUAGCCGAGGAUAUUUGGAUCUUCCCAUUCGUUGCCCAGAUAAUAUUCAUUUGGAUACUCAUGUGGAGAGCCUUCUUCUACUGAGUGCAGCUGACCGAGUUCUAAGGUGACAGCACUGACAGGGGAAUUCGUCUGGUGGUAUUUAGCGCACAGAGAAAAGCAGCUACUUGAUGCUAUUUCCACAUUCUAAUUGUUACGAUUCCUGAAUUUGUGUGCAUAAUAUAGGAUUAUGAAUCAUAUUAAAAUUUCCUGAUUUACUAUAAGUUACCAUUCAGAUCGCUUAAUGUUUUUUUUUAAGGUAACUUCCCCUGUUUUGGUUUAUCAUUGUGGAUUUUUGGUAUGUAAUAUUAUUGUCUUUGAUAUCAACCUUUUGAAUUAUAAUCAUGUUAAUUGA